AUGCAGCAGCAGCAGCAGUCCUCCUCCUGCGAUGCCAUGGCCAUGAUCAUUGGUUUGUGGCGCAGCUACUCUUUGGCUUUUGUUUUUGCUGAUGUGGUGGUUCCAGUGAAAAAUGAUGUUGCCAUUGCCACGCCUCUGUACACCAUUGAGGGUUACAUCUUGCCACCAAAUCGUAACUUAGGAUUGAACCACUGCUGGCUGUCGGAAAUCACGCUGGCCAUCAAUGGUGGGCAGUACAAGGGAUUCGUGCGCACCGAUGGACGCUUUCUGAUCAGCGGAGUGCCCUACGGCAGUCAUGUGGUGGAGGUCUACCAUCCGGACAUUUACUUCCGUCCUGUGCGAGUGGAGAUCAAUGCGAAGGGCAAGUAUAGGGCUCGAGCGUUGAGCUAUGUGGAGCCAGGCACCAUCUCACAGAUUGCCUAUCCACUGCGACUACCGGCAGCAAAGCGUCGCCAAUUCUUUACGGAACGCGAACAGUGGCGUUUCGUGGACUUUAUCCUGAAUCCAAUGGUCCUGAUUAUGCUGGCGCCCGUCCUGAUGCUCAUGAUUGUGCCCCGCAUCAUUCGUGAUCCCCAAACGAAGCGCGAGCUGGAAAAUUUGCAAUUUCCCAAGGUACCCAACAAUAUGCCAGACCUCAGCGACAUGCUCACAUCUCUGCUCUCGGCCAAGCCACCCACACCCAUACCCGAGAAGACUGCACCCAAACAAAUUUGCAAAAGUUGCAACACGAAACAAAACAAGAAGAAACGUUGA